CUUUCCUGAAAUGCAGUAUUUCCAGCAAGAGAAUGUAAGGAAAAUUCUUACAGAUGUUCUGUUCUGCUAUGCCAGAGAAAAUGAGCAGUUGCUUUAUAAACAGGGUAUGCAUGAACUUUUAGCUCCCAUUGUCUUUAUCCUGCAUUGCGACCACCAAGCUUUUUCACAUGCCAGUGAAGCUGCACAACCAAGCGAGGAAAUGAAAGUUCUUUUGAAUCCUGAAUAUCUGGAACAUGAUGCCUAUGCAAUGUUCACACGUCUCAUGAAAACUGCAGAACAUUGGUUUUCAACUUUUGAACAUGACAGUCAGAAGGAGAAAGAUGUGAUGAUUACACCUAUGCCAUUUGCAAGGCCACAGGACUUAGGCCCAUCUAUUGCAAUUGUAGCAAAGGUAAACCAAAUUCAGGAUCAUCUGCUGAAGAAACAUGAUAUUGAGCUGUACAUGCAUCUGAACCGACUGGAAAUUGCUCCACAGAUUUAUGGACUGCGAUGGGUAAGGCUCCUGUUUGGACGUGAAUUCCCACUUCAGGACCUUCUAGUUAUCUGGGAUGCUCUAUUUGCUGACAGUAUCACCCUGAAUUUAGUUGACUACAUUUUCGUAGCCAUGUUGUUAUAUAUUAGAGAUGCCUUGAUUUCAAGUAAUUAUCAGACCUGUUUGGGACUUCUGAUGCAUUAUCCACCUAUUGGAGAUGUUCACUCCCUUAUCCUAAGAGCACUUUUUCUCCGAGAUCCAAAG